UUAAUUAUUAUUAUUGAGGUAAAAGAUAAAAGUUAUUAUCAAAAAUGGUGGAAACAGAUUGGCGAGAAAUAUUAAGUUUCUCACAGAAGGAACUGACACAGACGGAUAAAGAGAAAUUAUGUGAAAGUUUGUGUUGGAUGGAGGCUGAUGAUAUUGAAUUGAACUUUACUGACUUGAAAACACUAUUUAGACUCGCACAAGAUAUUCUAAAACUAAAGAGUGAACAGGUCAACAACUUGGUCGGGCAACUAAAGUCAUCUCAUAAGAAAAGCAGCAAAAUGAAAGUGGAGAGUACAUACGCAGUGUCCCCAACACAAAGUAAUGACAGCGCACUAGAAACGAUAACUCAUCAAGAAGAAAUAAUAAAAGCAAACAAAGAAAUAUUGGAGCAAUUGUACGCUGACAUUGCUGACCUGGAGUCAAGGAAAAGUAAAUUAGAAGAGAGUAGAAGUAACUUCGAUAUAGAUAGUGAUUCCAGUCGUGAUGUACUCUCAGAAAUGAACGCAGUUGCUGAACUGGAACAAGAAGUUACCAUGAAGAAUAAGCAUAUUAGAAAACUACUUAAUGAUGUUAAAAUUUUAGAAGAAGAGAAUACGAACCUAAAAGAAAAGGUUUCUGUUCUAAAAGAUAAGUUAACUGAAGCUACUCAACUAAUCGAUAACUUGACGGGGCAAAUAAUGGCAAUCAAUAAUGAAUGUGGACAAUUAAAAGAGCUAUUAGGAAAGUCAGAGCAAGCCAAAGCUCAUUUAUCGGUUGAAAUGGAAGCAUUGAGGAAAGAACUUUUUGAAAAAGAUUCUAAAAGAGAAAAUCUGUAUGAAGAUAUCAAAUCUAAAGUUCAACAUUGGAAAAGUAUAGCUAAAUCAAAGAAAGCUGAAUUAGAAGCAGCAACUAAUGAAAACUUGAAGCUAAAAGAAGAUUUAAAGGAUGCAACAAAAAGUACAACUUCAUCACCCAAGGCAAGUAUAAAAAGUGACACAGAAAAACGCAAAAUAAAGGAGUUGCAAGAGAAGUUGACUGAAGCUUCAAAUGAAAUUGAACAAACAGCCAACCUCAUUAAUUUAUUGAGAGCAGAAAAUAAACAACUAAAAGCAGUCAUCGAAGAAGUUCCUGAUAAUUCUAUUUCCGAGGCUAAAAAUAUAAGCGACGAUAAUAAAGAACGAACAAUAAUUAACAAAUUGAAACGUAAAGUAAAAACUUUGACGGUUAGUCUUCAGGGAGCGGAAGAAAUGAUUGCAGCCAGGGAAAAAGAAUUGACAGAAAUAACAUCACAGCUACAACUUUUGCAAUCAGAUGAAGGAAUAAAUGCAUUACUUGAAGGGUUAAAAAAUAAAAAACGACAACUGAAGUUUAAGGACGAAGGCAUCAAAACUUUGGUUCAAGAAGCAAAUACGUUAAACAAUUUGAUCAAUGAUUUACAACUUGAAAAUGAGACACUCAGACAAAGAUUCAACGUACCUUCCGAGGAAAAAGUACCUGUCAAAGGAAUUAUGAAAGACUAUCGUAAUUUACAAGAAACUAAUGCAAGAAUCACAAAAGAAUUAAAAAGGCUUGAAAAUAAACUUGUAGGAACAGAACUGAGUAACCGUCAAUUGAAUACUAAAAUUAAAAAACUAGUUAGUGUUCUCAAUAAAAUUGGAUACACGAAGAGUAAAAUAGAUGAAAUAGUUGAAGAUAGCGAAAGCGAUGAAAAUGAGCCCAAAGUUGAAAAAGAAGAAGCUACAAGCACCAUAACAGAGUCCGAAUUCCAACAAGUUGUAAUGGAGAAAGAAAAUCAACAAAAGGAAAUGUUAACCAUUAUUGAAGAGAACAAAGGGCUUAGGAAAGGACUCCAAGAAAUCCUAGAUUUCUUAAAAGAUAAUAGUAAGACUUCUUCUGGUGUGCUGACAUUAAAAUGUCCAAGUUUGGAAGCAAUUCUAUUAUCAAUGGAAGCACGUAACUCAGCUGGCUGGUUCGCACCACACAUGUCUACAGUGAUGGAAUUACGAACCGCUUUAGGUGGUAAAGAUGCGCUACUGACUGCUUUACAUGAAGCAAGAAAAGAAACCUUCGAUGUAAUGGCUCAGCUAUCAGACGCAACGAAAAAAUCAUCAGAACUUGAAAAGAGGUUGAAUGAAAUGGAGGUAAAAAAUAAAGAAAAGGAGGUUGAAGAGAAACUACUGCAACAAAAGAACGAUGAUAUUGAAUUUGGUUCAUGGAUGUCAGAAAAAGAACAAAACGACAUUGACUUUUAUGACAAAUCACAAAUAGAUAAAUUGGUCGAAAAUGGAAAUUCUUUGUACGAAUGUCAAUUAAAAAAGGGAUUGGAGUAUUUUCACGUGAAAUUCAAAGAAUUAUUUAAUAAACUUACGUCUAUGGCAAUACAUGCCAGCGACGAUCUCAAUAAGUGGUCUAUUCAGGAAGAAAAUUACAAAGCCCAGAUAGAACGACUAAAAAGUCAAUUGCAAGAAGAUGAUAGCAGUGACCAUUCACCAGGAAUAGUUCCUAUACCUAGUAUUACUUGUUUGGAAAGAAAGUGUGUGUAUUUAGAAGAAGCAUAUAAAUAUAUCCGAACCUUGAAUGAAAAUUUGAAAAACGAGGUACUGGAAAGUAAAAGAGAUGCAAUGGAAGCAGCAUCCGAAUAUGAAACACAAAUCCAAAAAUUAAUUCUUAAUAUCGCCAAUUUAACUGAUAGAUUGCGCUACUCAGUAUCACUUGAGCUCUUUUGGAAACAAAACUUUGCCCUCAGUGAGAUUCUUUCGAAAUACAGAAAACUUGUAGAAGCUGGUGUCAAUAACAAAAAUCACAUGUUAAACUUAUUCAGUCGACUUGAUGAAGAUAAAGUUAAUAUAAUUAACUACAUUCGAUUGGAAAUGAACCGACAACGAGGAAAAUCAGCAGAAGAUAAUAUACAAAAAAUGGAAUCGAAAGUAGAACAAAUAUUGCUAGACAAGCAAAUAAAGCAACUAUGUUCCGAGUUAGAUGACAAAGAUAAAAAAAUUACUACUUUGGAAUUGAAAAAUACGGAGCUACAAGAUGUUCGAGUGAAAAAGAUAGACGAAACUUUAGCUUCUUUAACAAAACAAGAAGCCGAUUUAGUGAAGGAUCAACUACAUAAGUUAUCGGACGAAAACGUGGUACUAAAAGAAAAAUGCCAACAUAUUAGUAGUCAGUUAGAUAUUGCACUACUUCAGUUACAAGACAGUCAACAGAGACAAAUGAGCAAUGACUUGGAAAUUAAUAUGCUGCAACAUCAAAUCUUAGAUCUACAAUCUACAAGUGACAAUAAAGCUAUAAUAGCAAGACUUAGUGGCGAAAUCUUAGUCGCCCAUCUUCAGACGUCAGAAAGCCAUAAAAGAUUGGAGCGACUUCAGGCAGCUCUUAGUAAGGAAAGAGAAUUAAGAAUGCAAGCUGAAGACAUGUUUAGAGCGCGUCAAAAGAUCUUUAAUGUGUAUACUACGAGAUAUGAAUCCAAAUUCAGAUAUUUGUAUGAAAUUUUGACAACACUCCGGCAACAGUAUCAAGGAAGCAUACCACUGAUAUCCAUCGAAAAGUAUUUAAAUAAAUUAGAAGAACUUUCUCGCAAAAAUCGAACUGUUGACGAAAAACUUUACGAAAUAGAAGAUUUAAGAGCAAACUUAAUUUCAAAACAUGCUGUAUUCGAUCAAAUUUUGGAUGUGUCCAAAAAUAAAUGCUUAAUAGAAGAAGAUAGCUGUGCACAUAAACUUAAAUAUAUAAUGAUGCAAUCAGUAAAUACCAGGGAAAUAGAACACAUAAACAAAAAAUUAAAAGCUAUGGAAACGUCUCAGGAAGAUUUAAUGAAGCAUUGUAAUAGUUUAGAAAGAACACUUGUGCUACUAAAUCAAGGAUUUGAAAAGACUAGCCCAAACGAUCGACGUAGAAGUAUUGGCGAGGACACCGAUGAUCAAUCUGUUCAAAUGGAAUUGGAAGAUGUUCAAUCCGAAGAUGACUCUACAAGUCCUAGAAGAAGUCAAACAAUAACAUUAACAAAACCACAAAUGUUACAAAACUCUACUAACCAACCAAAAGAAACAACAGAUAGACAACCGGAAAAUAAAAAAGCAGAUUCUCCCGUAAAAGUUUUACAAAGACAACCAAGCAAGAAGUUUUCCGAUGCACUUGCACAAACAAAUGAAGUAAUAAAUACUAGCAAAUUAAUUCAAACGGAGGAAAACAAUGAUGUCAUUAAUAAAAUGCGCGAGCAGAUAGAAUCUCUAACAGCUGAAAUAGAUAAAACGAAUAAACAAUUAUACGAUGCAAUGUCAUUAACACACAAACGUACUGAAGAAAUCUUAAUUCUCAAUAAUGAGAAAGUUAAUUAUGAAUCUAAACUGCAAAGUCUCAAAGAAUCGAAUAAUCAAAAAGAAAUUAUGAACGACAAAUUGCAAUUAACUAUUGAAGAUUUGAGAAAACAAAUUAAUGAUUUGCAAAUGAAACAUAACGCUGAAGCUAACCGUAGGAGAGAAAAUGCUAAUGAAGAAAAUAAAUCUUUGUUGCUUGCUCUGAAAGAGUUGGAAGACGAUAAAAACGCUAUAAUUGUGGAGUACAAAGGAUUACUUAAUACUGAGAGAGAUGAAUAUGCAAAAUCCGUUAAAGAUCUGCAAUUAAAAAUUGUGGAACUGCAGUCAAACUUAGAUAGACGAGCCAGUGAAUCAAACGCUUCCAACGGUGAGGCAAUAAAAGAAGUGGUCACAAAAUAUACAAUGAAAACUUCAGAAUUAGAAGACAAGUGUUUCAAACUACAAGGUGAACUUGAUGAGUGCAAAUCUGAACUGACAACAUAUCAAAGUGAAUCAGCUCGGUGGAAGGAUUUGGCUACAGAAAGACUUACGAAAAUGGAACAACUUAACUCUCAGCUACAAGAACGGCAUUGUCAUGAGGUGAAAUCGUACAAAGCGGAGAAUGAACACUGGUUGACUCAGCUGAAUGAAAUGCAGCGCGAACACAUGGACCUAAGGACGAGGCUUACUGAUCAGAAGACUGUUUACCUUAAGCAAUUAUCUGAUAAAGAUACACAAAUUGAACAGUUACGGAUUAUCAUCAACAAUUUGAAAACACAAGUAAUGAACAUGCAGACUCUGAUCUCUGUGAACGACCCUAGCUUCGACCUGUCAGCCAUAGUGGAAGUGGAUGAAACAAGCGAUGUGAUAUCUCAUCAUGGUUCGGACAGACUUGAAUUAAAGUUCGAGUCCUCAGUAGACCUGCACGAUUCACAUGACGAUGUUAUGAGGAUCCCAGCUUCAUCCACAACUAUAUGGCAAGAGCCAGUAAUAGAACGUCUCCGUCGAGAGAAGCAGUUAGCUGGAAAACAGAACGCAAUCCUUCGUCGACAGAUCAAAGUGUUAGCUUCGAGGGAGAGACGAGCUCGCUUGGACGCGCAGAACCUAAAGAAUCAAGUGUUUAGAAUUAGCACAACCGGCCACAAAGUGACGACGGCUGAAACAGCGGCGCUGCACAACAAGAUCGCAUCGCUACAAGCUCAACUGACUAGCGCAAGACGAGAUACUAACUCUAGCGUCGCGCUCUGGGACAAGUGGAAGAGAGCACAACAAGCGUCCGAUCGUUGGCAGUCACGCUACGAUGAAAAAAGUCAGGAAGUCAUUAAACUGGAAGCCGGUCUGAGCCUCGCCAAGUCUACUGUGACGAGACUAGAGAAAGAGAAGCGAGUUCUACUUGCCAGGCUUAGUGAAGCUAAACCUCUUAAUGUUAGCUCGUAUUCUACUUCUGUAGACGAUAGCCAAAUAAUAGCAAUUGAGAAACAAGAAGCAGAAACUCAGGAGAAACCAGAGCGAUGUAGCAAGGAGUGCUUGUGUUCGGAGGCAGCUUUGCCAGUUUCCUCACAGGCCUUGUUGGAUCGAGUGCAAGCUCAGCAGAGGAGGAUCGCGGCCUUGGAGAUUGCUGAGAAGGGUAACGAGCUCCUAGUAUCAGAAUAUGAAAGGUCCCUAGCAGAGAUUACCUCCCUGAAGGGACAAGUGUUGAAGCUGGAGUCCACACUAUUGGAAUCUCAAAUACGAACCCCACUCAAGUCCGGUGGCGACGCUCAGCCAGAGCUUAACUACUGGAAGAGUUACUGCGAGAUGUUGAAAGAAGAGAACAUCCAGUUGACGCAGAAGAUUAACUCCAUGGAGACGAUGCCUACAACUGCACAUCAGCACAGAGUCAACGACCUUGAACAAACUGUCCUUACGUUGAGAGGCGUAAUUCACAAGCUGCAAGCAGAACAAAAGUCAGGAUCAGGUCACAAAAGAAGUGAUUCCAGGCCAAGCAGUAGUCGUAGUAGCCGAAGCAAUACGGAGAAGAGUCGCCUUCAAUCAGAAACUCAUCGUCUAGAAGUAGCGAACUUGAAGAGAACUAUACACGAUAAAGAUUUACUUCUAGAAAGGUCCAAGGAAAUGCUGAAAAUUGCCGCCGAGAGAGAGGACGAACUGCUGAGAGAGAAUUCCUUCCUACGACGUCAAUUGGAAGAUGUUACGCGACCUAAAGGCGGCUUUCUGUCAGCUUAAAGUAUUAUAAGUUACAUUUUCAUAGUAAUCAAUGAUUAAAUAUAGGUGGUU